GGGCGUGGACAUACAAGGAUUUACAUAACCAUAACUAGCGACUGUUGCAGAUACAAACAUACCAUAAGCGGUGUUUCCUGUUCGUUUUACCUGAUCCAGGUAAACCAGGUACAGACAAAAUGUCGACCGUGAUGUUUGAGAAGCGUUUCCUGCUCCUGACCAUCUCUGUUCUGGAGAUGUUGUUGUUUUCUGGCAUCAUCUACGGAUGGACAUCACUGGUAUACAUCCUCAAACAGGAGGGGUACUUUAGUGACCUUUGUGUCACCUCAUCAGCAAACAACACGCAACAAACCACACAGAUUCUACUUUCGACGAACGCGUCCACCCAGGAUGCACCGCGUUACCCAGAAUGUCUUGAACAGGAUGAGACUCUGACGCAAGUGUUCGCCAUUUCCGUUGUUGCCAGUCAAGUUGCCUCGUUGUUUGCUGGGAUAGCUCUGGACUACUUCGGCCUCCGUGUGACAAGGACAUGCUUUAGCGUACUGAUGGCCACGGCUGGAUUGCUACUGGGAUUCUCCACCAGAGAGUACCCGUAUGUGUACCUUGUGUAUCCCGGAAUGAUCCUUGUGGGAAUGUGUGCUAACAUCACCCUUCUCGCUAACGUAACGGUUGGGAACUUGUUUGGAACGCGGAGGUCUACAGUUAUCACUAUCAUAACGGGAUCCUUCGGCUCCUCUCCCAUCACCUUCCUGGUUCAAAAGUUGCUGUACGUUCAGUUCGGCGUGCCCUUCCAACACAUGUGUUUCACCCUCGCCUGUCUGUGUGUCCCCUCGCUGAUGGCCACCUUUACCCUCUUCCCGAGACGCAAGUUCAUUCCAGAGUCACAACAAGAGACCAGAAAAGACUCACAGGAAACCGAGAAGCUGCAACAGGAAAACAAGAGUGAAGAAAAGAGUGAAUCUGCUGAACCGACUGAGGAGACAUUUGUACAGGUGGUGACGUCACGCCUGUAUCUCCUGCACCUGGCCUACAUGAGUGUCAUGAACUUGAACGUCAUCAUCUUAGUCGGCACAGCAAACAUCUGGUUCAACAUGGUCACCGGGAAUAACAACGGACAGGUGAGUUUCUGGACGGACGUGUUUGGAUUCUUCCAGGUGUCCAAUGUGCUGGUGUCUCCACUCUGUGGGUUCGUCUACGAUCUGGGGCUAAGAGGACAUGCGUAUGGAGGCCCUACCAGGACCAGCAGGCGGCGUGCGGCGGUCCCCGUGUUCGUGAUCACCAGUUUGACCAGCACGUUGGUGUUCUUCUUCGCCGCACUGUCCGUGUGGGACACGCCCUCUGUGGAGUCCAGUACAGGCCUGCUGAUGACGUCAGCACCGGACAUGUUCCUGACCUUCGUUCUCCACAUCCUCAGCAGGGCGUUCAUCUACGGAGGGAACACCGCGUUCAUCGCUAACUCAUUCCCCGGUCGGCACCUCGGGCGGCUGAUCGGGCUGUCGUACAUGGUAGCCGGGCUGGUCGGCCUGCUGCAGUACCCGCUCAUCGGCUGGAUCAAGACGGCUGGAAGCCCGCUUUACGUGUACAUCUUGGUUCUGGUGCUUUCCGUCGCGACGUUUGUCCACCCCGCCUACAUCAGGUACCACUGCCGGACCGGGCCGACCAAAGAAGGCCGCCAUCCUUCGCAAGCUACGCCGGAGAAAUCGGAGAACGGACAUCUUAAACUCGAAGUUUCUGAUCCAAAGGAAACAUGGGUGUGAUUUCCGAGUAGUCCAGAGCUAGAAACGGACGUUAUGUAAUAGAAAACUUUAUUGACUUGACAAAUGUACAGCGACUUUCGUAACAACACAUAAAAUCUGACAAGUGUAUACAAAUGUAUUGUCUACAUAUAUGAAUACAUACUGAUAUGAAUAAGUCAA